AUGUUGAACUUUGUACUGUUGCGUAGUGAAGGAGUCACUCUGGGCUCUGUAACUCCGGUGGAGGUGGAGGUCUACAGAGACUCCAAGAAGCUGCCGGGCCUCGGAGACCCGGACAUCGACUGGGAGGAGAGCGUCUACCUGAACCUCAUCCUGCAGAAGCUGGACUACGUGGUGACGUGUGCCGUGUGCACGCGCUCAGACGCAGGAGAUAUCCACAUCCACAAGAAGAAAUGUCAGGAAGUGUUUGCAUCUCCCAGCAAACACGCCAUGGACAGCAAAGGAGAGGAGUCCAAGAUGAGCUACCCGAACAUCUUCUUCAUGAUCGACAACUUUGAGGAGGUGUUCAGUGACAUGACGGUGGGCGAGGGGGAGAUGGUGUGCGUGGAGCUGGUGGCGAGCGACAAGAGCAACACCUUCCAGGGCGUCAUCUUCCAGGGCUCGAUCCGCUAUGAGGCCCUCAAGAAGGUCUACGACAACCGGGUGAGCGUCGCUGCUAAGAUGGCCCAGCGGAUGUCUUUUGGCUUCUACAAGUACAACAACAUGGAGUUUGUGAGGAUGAAGGGGCCGCAGGGCAAAGGUCACGCCGAGAUGGCCGUCAGCAGGGUGCCGACGGGCGACACCUCCCCCUGCGGCACCGAGGAGGACCAGGUGUCCCCCAUGCACGAGAGGGUGACGUCCUUCAGCACACCUCCGACCCCCGAGAGGAACCGCCCCUCCUUCUUCUCUCCAUCGCUGAGGCGGAAAGUUCCCCGAAACCGAAACGCAGAGAUGAAGAAGUCUCACUCGGCCAACGACAGCGAGGAGUUCUUCAGGGAGGAAGACGACGAAGAUCUUCACACCACCACCAACCUCCGCUCCCGCUCUCUGUCGGGGACCGGACGCUCGCUGGUCGGCUCCUGGCUCAAACUCAACCGGACGGAUGACUACUUCCUGCUCUACUCACACCUGACCUACGUCACGCUGCCGCUGCACCGCAUCACCACAGAUAUCCUGGAGGUCCGGCAGAAGCCCAUCCUGAUGACAUAGCAGAGCUGGACUCAGAGCGUCACUACCAAGUGCCUCCUGCAUCAGGCCACUGAGACCACAGCAGCGCCGCCCGGUGGCCAGAGCGACCACCGAACACCUGAAGACGAGUCGGAGGAGACGACCCGAACGCAGAGAGACUCUGUCAGAGGGGACGACAAACCAACCAGCCAUCCGAGAAGUGCCUCUUCUUCUUCUUCUUCUUCUUUUCAGUCCCCUGCUGGGUCCAAGAGGUCGUCUCCACAGAAACGGGCCUGGCGUCAGGAUCACAUGAUGUUUAAAGUAUUGUUAAAAAAAAAAAAAAAAAGGCUUUGGCUGAACUCUGACCCGGAAGGUGAGGGAGGUGGAGAACGUGCGUGUUCCUGUAAAUAUCCUGCUGCUUUACUCACUGAGACGCCUUGACCGAAGGUUCUGCUUUCGACACGUACGAACCGCGUGGAGUUAUUCUUUUUGUAAAAUAUUUACACUCAAGACGGCGUGAGGCGUUUUUUUUUUUGUAUGAGAGGAAACGGUAAAUGUGCACAGCUUCCCUCCUAUAACCGGGCGAAGCGGGGGUCGCAUCCCCUCCCCGUGUUUAUUCAGACACGUUCACAACAGGAAAUGGAUUACUAGUCGCUCAGUUAACACAUUUAUUGACUCGUAAGUAUCUGAAAGUCACCAGUGUUCAUCACAACUUUGACUUCAUGCUGAUUAUUCUGUCAGUGCUCCAAUACCAACAGUAAGAAGCACACGAGAACCUGUAACCAGCACUUAUUUGGUACUUUUUACUGUUUUUCUGUGAUGAUCAGCAGAUUCAUUUUCUUUUGCUCAGCUACCUGAAACAUAAUCCAGUUCACAGCAACAAGUAGAAUAUGACAACUACUUAAACAAGAACAACAUGUAUCUGGUAAAACUUUUAUUAAAAUAUAUAUUAAAAAAUAUAUAAAAAUGACUUAAAUCAAAAUAAAAUCAUAAUUUUACAAGAAAUAAAAGAACCACUUUAUUCUCAUGUUGUGAAAGUAAAAUCACAGUUUUGGGUUUUUCCCUUUAAAUAUUCCAACUGGCUUCAACGUUUCUGUGGCUCUUCUGAUCAGUCGGUCCCAGCUGGGUGCUUUUAUAUGAGUGUAAGCCCCGCCCCUUCAGGUGGACCGCCACAGGACCUUAUUUAGGAAAAAAUAUGUUCAGUAGUCAACGGCGAGAGACAACUAAUGUUUUGAUCCCGUUUGAUUUGUGUCCUGAGCUACACACACGAUGUUUGUCAAAAAGAUAAUUUAAAGUCAAGAAAGUCGCAGUUUGUCAUAAAACGGUUGAAGUAUAAGACUAACGUGACAGAAGCUAAAAUCACCGAUGCUAAUCUUACUGAUGCUACAAUCACUGAUGCUAACGUGACAGAAGCUAAUGUUACUGAUGCUAAAAUCACCGAUGCUAAUGUACUGAAGCUAACGUGACAGAAGCUAAUGUUACUGAUGCUAAAAUCACCGAUGCUAAUGUACUGAAGCUAACGUGACAGAAGCUAAUGUUACUGAUGCUAAAAUCACUGAUGCUAAUGUGACUGAUGCUAACGUACUGAAGCUAAAAUGACAUAAGCUAAUGUUACUGAUGCUAAUGUUACUGAUGCUACAAUCACCGAUGCUAAUGUUACAGAAGCUAACAUCACUGAAACUAUUACUGAUGCUAAAAUCACUGAUCCUGACAUUACUAUAGCUAAAGUCACUGUAGCUAACAUUACUGUAGCUAAUGUGACUGAAACUAAUGUUACAGAAGCUAACUUCACUGAAGCUAACAUGACAGAAGCUAAUGUUACUGAUCAUUAGCUUCACUGACAAUAAAUCACCAACAAAUCCCUGACGGUAACAUCACUGAAGCUAACGUGACUGAAGCUAAUGUUACAGAAGCUAAUGUCACUGAAACUGUUACUGAUGCUAAAAUCACUGAUGCUGACAUUACUAUAGCUAAAGUCACUGUAGCUAACAUUACUGUAGCUAAUGUGACUGAAGCUAACAUUACUAAAGCUAACGCUAAAGAGCUUCCAUGUGUAGAUGACGUGAUGAAAGAACCAGGAGUCGUUGGAAUAAACACAUCAAGUGAGAAAAAUCUGUGCGUAGAACGCAGCUAACUUACCUAGCUAGUACGUUAGCUUACAAUGUAUAUUGCACGAGACGAGAGAUGUAGUUCAUCGAGCGGUUUCAAAACUAACUAAUCUUUUCCGUUUUACAACAAACUAAGACUUUCUUAUAUUUAAAUUAUCUUUUAAACUGACAAACAUCACGUGUGAAGUUCAGGACACAAUUCAAACAGGAUAAAAGCAUUAGCCGCUUCUCGUCGUUGACUACCGUACAUGUUUUCCAAAAUAAACUAUGGGGCGGGAAGAAGCGAAGAGAUUUACAAAAGGGAAAAAUAAGAAAAUAGUCAUGUAAAAGUUAGUUUUAAGAAUGUAUCAUAAACUGAGGAUCUGAUUAGCGACUCCGCCGUGGGGCUAUUUCUGAUCACAUUUAGACCCAUAAAGACUCAGUACUGAUAAAAUACAGACUUGGUUUGGUUAUUAAAAAAAACUGACAAACCCGAAUGAAGUUCUUAUUUUUAAUUUAGUUUCUUAUUUUUUAGUUUGUUUGCUUCAGAUUCCUUUGAUGGACGCAACGGCCUCACAACAUCUUGAUAAAUCAACUGCUCUAUGUUGAUUCGUUGAUUUCUCACCUUUAAGUUAAGACACACACAAAAAAAUAAGAAAAUUCACAGUAACCCAGCUUUGACUUUUUACUGGCUUUAGUUUAAAAACUGCGACUCACAAACUGGAAGUGACUUGAAAAACUACAGAAGAGAAGGCGAUUUUAAAGGGAAGCCGCCUGGAUCCACGUGUGGACAGAAGAGACGAACGUGGUUUGUUUUCCGUUUGAUGUCGACGUUUUCCUCAGUGUGCUCCUAAAGCCUUAAAUCUGCCUGUGUGCUACUUUGGUGUUUCUUCUUUCACCUGUUGUUCAUUGAAAUGACCAGCUGAGGCUCCAAAGACCAGAUAUUAUUCAUGUGUUCAUCAGUUAACACCACAGAGACACCAGAAUCCUUCCACAUGAUUCUUCUUCUUCUGAUAAAUGUCUUUUAAAAAAAUAAUGCAAUGCCGAAACAGUUUGUUGUAAAUAUAAUCCAAAUCUGUUCGUAUUAAGAAACAAAUUUCACUCAGAUGCAAAGGACACUAACAGGAUGGGUUUUUUUUUAUUGUGAAAACCUCACGACUUUGCUCAGAUUAUUCAAUAUCUAAUUUUAGAAGAAUAAAGCGAUUCGUAUAUUAAUUUACAAGGAAAACAUUAAUAAAUUAAUUAGUAAAACCACUUAUGAGAGCAGAUAAUGUGAAUUUUACCUACAUAAUGAGUUUUUCUUUUAAAAUCCCCCCUUUUUUCUUAAAAUAUUACUAUUUUCUCACAGAAGUCAGCUUGGAAUCUGUAAAUCUUCUUGACUGACUUUAUCAAAAUUUCGAGCUCCCCGAAAUAUCGAGCAAUGAGCAUUUUCACUGUUUUUAAAUAUUUUGGAUCUAGAAAGUAAAAACAUUGUAACCCUAAUGUUUCUAUCUGAUAUUUAAUUAUUAGGGCUGUAUGUUUAUGUUCCCAACUCGUCACACAUAGACGCUUGGUCAAGACCCCUCGGCAUCGCUUUUGCAUGUGUAGGGUGUUUUAGGCACCAAAACCCACUUGGCGGGGUUCAGGCAAAGAUCAUAGUCUGGUUACUUACGUGAUCUUUCUGUCGACUUUUUGUUUCACAUGCGAAAACGAACACCGGUCUCCUGGUUGAAAGUCCAGUUUUCGAUCCACCUCCUGACUCGGAUUGUUUAUAUACUACGCCUACUUAAGCACUUAACUAUGAUGCUACUGAGGGGAUCCCCAGUGUGUUACAAACUGACGCCAAGGGGUCUCGACCGUGCGUCCGUAUGUGGCGACUCAGAACGGGUUUAAACUCGGCUCUGUUUUACGGUCGUCCUUCAAAGAUUCAGCCACAUCAGAUAAAUGGUAAUAUUGCACGAAUAUGAAAAUACUCCUAAAACUUUCUCCUGGGAACGUUUGUUUAUAUUUUUAUCCCCCGCAAGGCAGCAACAUGAAAACAUCUGACAUUUUUAGAUUUAUGGAAACUGAACCAUUUGUUGUAGCUAGUAAUUUUAUGAAUUAUCGAUAACCUCUUAUUCUGAAUUCAUACAAAGUGCCCACAAGUAGUGAAAAUGCACAUCACAAGUGUGAAAUAUGAGUUCCAGAAAUAAAGUCGAUAUUCAAUUAUUCAAAUGAAGUUAAUUUCAAACGGUCGCUGAUUGUGUUAGAUUUUGGUGUCUCAUGUUUUCAUGAGUUAACGGUGACACGAGUUGGAGUCAGUCAGCUGUUGUUAUUGAUCACUUCCUGUCAGUGAUUGAUUUGCACUCAGAUCGGCCCACGGUGUUUUUCUGUGUCGUGUUUAACAGUGAACUUAUUCACAGGGCACUCUCUCUCUCUGUGUGUGUUAAUGCUGACGUAGUUUAGUUUCUCCAGCUGAAUGUAUCCACGCUGAUCAAUAGCAAAGACGGCUUUAACAGAGGAACGUUUGAUGAGACUGUUUGCACUGUAAAACGCUUUUUGAAACUUGUUUGUUAAAGACUUUUUGUUGACGUGUUCUCACAGCUCUCAUCGCGGCUUUUGUACACCGACAGUUAAUGUGCACGUUGUCGUCACACUUCUGUUGCUUUCUUUCCAAACUGUGUUUAUUUAUUGAAAUACACAUUACCAGAAAAACCUGAUGCCUGUGGCUUGUUUUUGUUCUCCUGAUUUCUACAUCCGUCAUCCACGCUUCGGUUUAAUAAAGAUAAUUACUGUACAGGCUUAAACCGACGACAUGUAAUGUGAUUUAUUGCCCUCCGCUUUUCUCAAACAACUUUUUCAUUUAAUGAAAAUAAAAACAUUUUAUGAAUCUC